GAAAUUUACCUCAUGAGAAAGUCAACUAGACUUUUAACUCAUUCUCUAUUCGGCCCUGUAUUUAAAAUUUUGUUUCAUAACAAAACAGUUUGUGGAGGCUGUAAUAGGAAAAUGCCGAGCCUGGUGAACACGGAAAUUGAAGCCGCGGUCAAGGGCUUCCUGAUCGACCAGGAGAAGAUGACCGAGGUGGUGGAGCGCAUGACCAAGGAGAUAAAGAUGGGCCUGGCCAAGGACACGCAUGCACGAGCGGUGAUCAAGUGCUUCGUCAGCCAUGUGCAAGAUCUGCCCACUGGCAAGGAGCGGGGAAAGUAUUUGGCCCUGGAUCUGGGUGGCUCUAAUUUCAGGGUGCUUCUGGUGAACCUGAUUAGCAACUCGGACGUGGAAACCAUGUCGAAGGGCUAUAAUUUUCCUCAAACUCUGAUGUCCGGAUCGGGAAAGGCGCUUUUCGACUUCCUUGCCGAAUGCCUGUCGGAGUUUUGUCACUCCCAUGGCCUGGAGAAUGAAUCACUGGCUCUGGGCUUCACCUUCUCGUUUCCGCUCCAGCAGCAGGGACUCUCCAAGGGUAUCCUUGUGGCCUGGACCAAAGGAUUCAGCUGCGAAGGCGUGGUGGGCAAGAAUGUGGUGAGUCUUCUCCAGGAGGCAAUCGAUCGAAGGGGCGAUCUAAAGAUCAAUACCGUCGCCAUUCUCAACGAUACGGUGGGCACUCUGAUGUCCUGCGCCUUCUAUCAUCCCAACUGCCGGAUUGGAUUGAUCGUGGGAACCGGCUCCAAUGCGUGCUAUGUGGAGAAAACAGUAAAUGCCGAAUGCUUCGAAGGAUACCAGACCAGUCCCAAGCCAUCAAUGAUAAUCAACUGCGAGUGGGGCGCCUUUGGGGACAAUGGUGUUCUGGAGUUCGUUCGAACUUCCUACGACAAGGCAGUCGACAAGGUAACACCCAAUCCCGGCAAGCAGACGUUCGAAAAGUGCAUAUCGGGCAUGUAUAUGGGUGAACUUGUACGUUUGGUCAUCACCGAUAUGAUUGCCAAGGGUUUUAUGUUCCACGGCAUCAUUUCCGAGAAGAUCCAGGAGCGAUGGAGCUUCAAAACCGCCUAUAUUUCCGAUGUUGAAAGUGAUGCACCUGGCGAGUAUCGCAAUUGCAAUAAGGUCCUUAGCGAAUUGGGCAUAUUGGGCUGCCAGGAACCCGACAAAGAGGCCCUGCGAUACAUCUGCGAGGCGGUGUCCUCCAGGUCUGCCAAGCUAUGUGCCUGCGGCCUGGUCACCAUUAUCAACAAGAUGAACAUCAACGAGGUGGCCAUCGGCAUAGACGGUAGCGUGUAUCGCUUCCAUCCCAAGUACCACGACAUGCUCCAGUACCACAUGAAGAAGCUCCUCAAGCCGGGCGUCAAGUUUGAGCUGGUUGUUUCGGAGGACGGAUCCGGAAGAGGAGCGGCUCUCGUGGCGGCCACCGCAGUCCAGGCCAAAAGCAAGCUCUAAAUUCGAAGUUGAUAUUCUUCAAAUGCAUGGGAAACGUUACGGACAAUGAUAUAUGAGCACAAAAUUAUGGAAGAAGAAAUAAAGAUUUAAGGAUAU